AUGGCCGUGUUGCCGACUGAGCUGAAGCCGAUUGCGGUGAAUGCCACGCCCCUCGACAUUGCAGAGGUCUUCCGGGAAAAGGCGGACUGGAGCGAGUUGGGUGCCUUCACCUCCCCCGCCGACGAAGAUGUCAGCUUUCGGAUUCGGGCGCUACUGGCGCAAGUUCACGUCUCGAGAAGGGCUGGCUGGCAACAGUUCCUUGCGAAGCGGCAGGCUUGGCCACGCCGCACCUGGGAGCUCCGCAAGGGCGCGGCGUUGCCGCAGGGGCAGGUGCCACCAAUGCUGAACCCCCUGCGACCUCGAGUGGGGUUGAGGGUGCCAAGAAGCUGCUGGGAUGGCGAGUGGUUUCCCCAAGAUUGCU